GAGUGCAACUGUCUCUGAAUUAUUUGGUCAGUAUUAAAGGACAUGUUAUAGACCAUCCAGCAAAAGACGUGAUAAAACCAUGUUGGGAAAAAGAAAAGUCUGAAAUCAAGAGUUUUGGGUGGAUGAUACUUAGAGUGGCGGGAGAAAUGGAAAUAAAUGAGAUGGCCAUUAGUCCAACUGUUCCAUGGUCAGUAAUUCCCCAGUGGUUAUUACCACAGCCCAAAGUGGACAUGUCACUGCUAGAGAAGAGGGACAAGGACCAAGGGGAUGGCUAUAAUGCUCGAAUGGUGCAGACAUAUAUUCAAUCUCAUUAUUUUAGUUAUGUCUUGAUUUAUUCAGAUGCAUCUAAAAAUAUAGAAAACAGAGUAGGCGUGGCAUUCACAGUUAUAGAUUUUAAUGUCAAAGUUAACAAAAGAAUCUCAGAUAAUCUAUCAGUAUACACUGGAGAAAUGAUUGCAGUUUUAUUGGCACUACAAUGGGUUGAAGAAAAUAGACCAUUGAGGACACUUAUAUGUUCUGACUCAAGUUCAUCAUUAAUGUCACUAGAAAGUGGUCAAUCUGAGAGCAGAUCUGACGUAUUGAUCGAGAUCCUUCAAACAUUAUACAGGAUUCAGAUGAUGGGUUUAGAAGUAUCUUUCUGUUGGGUACCUGCUCAUAUAGGAGUAAAGGGGAAUGAAUUGGCAGAUGAAUGUGCUAAGGAAGCCACAGGAAAAUCAGAUAUAGAUAUAAAAGUAAAUUAUAGUAAGGCUGAGAUGAAGUUUUUAAUCAAACAACAUGUGAAAAAUAGAUGGCAGAAACAAUGGGUGGAUGAAAGAACAGGAAGAUGGCUUUAUAACAUCCAAAGAAUUGUUGGUAAAGGCAGAAUAACAAGGAGAAAUAGAAAAGAAGAAUCAAUUAUAUCUAGACUUAGAUUUGGACAUACAGCACUUAACAGUACUCUAAAUAAAAUAGGGAAACACCAGACAGGAGCAUGUGAGUAUUGUAAUCAAGAAGAAACAGUGGAACAUGUUAUAAUGAAAUGUCCAAAAUAUAAUAGUGAAAGGAGAGUAUUGAUUUUUAAUUUAAAAAGAAUUAAGAUGAAGUUUAAUUUGACAAAUUUAUUGCAAAGGAACUCACAUGAGGAGUGUAUUGAUUUUUUAUUACUAUAUUUAAAAAUGACUGAUUUAGAUAAAAGAUUAUAGGUGUUUAGAAGUUGAUAGGUAAAGGUCCUUGCGUUCUUGGUCCACACUCCUAACCAGCAGGUGGCGGUAAUGCACCUUGAAGUUGUAUGCCAACCGCCAUAAAAUCAACAAGAAGAAGAAGAAGUUUGUUUCUGUUUCGUUUUGAUUGGAUCUUGAAGUGUCGGUGCUGAACAAACAUCAGUGAGUUUGACGGAGAUGGCAAGACGCUACAAAUCUUGCAGCUAUGUUGGAACAUUUGGCUUCUUCGCCAAGAAUGUAACAUAGUUUUUGGAUUGGGCUAUAGGAGUUAAAUUGGGGAAAUAUUUUAUUAAUUUUGGGGAAGUAGUGGUCUCUGAUUUCUUGGUAUUUUGGGCAUUCUGUGAGGAAGUGCAGCUCCGUCUCCGUCACUCCCAGGAUGCAGUGCGAGCAGAGUCUGUCCUCACGGGAGAACCAGGUCUGUCUGCGCCGGCCCGUCUCUAUGGCCAGACUGUGCUCGCUGAGUCUGUACACCGUCAGUGUUUUCCUGAGUUUCACAUCACUCACUGUGCUCAGGUAGUUCGCAAUAGUGUAUUCUCGAUUUAGUGCCCAAUAGCAUUCCAGUUUGUGUUGGUUUUUAAUGGUGUUUGUCCAAUGGGUGAUGCACUUGUUUAUAAUUUGUGUAAGCCGAAUGUGUGUGAGUGUGUGUGGGUCCUGAGGCUGGUGUGAGGUCAGUCAGUCUCAGCACCAGCUGGCACAGGGGACUCUUACUUACGCUCAGCUCUUGGUGUUUUAGGGCUUUGUAAUGGGAUGUGUUGGGGUUGCUUGUUUUUAGGUGUUUCCAGAAUUUGAUGGCUCUUUUUUGGAUGUUUAGAAGGAGAGGGUAUUGGCCUAAUUCUGCCCUGCAUCCAUUGUUUGGCGUCUUUCU